AUGGACGCAGGAUCUCUAAGUUCUUCAGCUACCAAGUCCCAAUCUCGAUGCCCCCUUCAGGAGCAAUUUCUUCAAAGAAGAAACUCUCGAGAAAACUUGGACAGAUUCAUUCCGAAUAGAUCAGCAAUGGAUUUCGAUUACGCACAUUACAUGUUAACGGAAGCGAAGAAAGGUAAGGAGAAUCCAAUGACUAGCUCGCCGUCGAGGGAAGCGUACCGGAAGCAUUUGGCCGAUAGCUUUAACAUGAACCGAACCAGAAUUCUAGCUUUCAAGAACAAGCCUCCAACCCCAUCGGAAGCCAUGUUUAACGACAGCUCUGCUUCGGUUCAGCACUCAAAACCUGUAAAGGCCCGUAGAUACAUUCCUCAGACUUCAGAAAGAACUCUUGAUGCUCCCGAUCUUGUCGAUGAUUACUACUUGAAUCUGUUGGAUUGGGGAAGCAGCAAUGUUCUUGCCAUUGCUCUAGGAAACACAGUGUAUUUAUGGGAUGCUUCGGAAGGUAAUACUUCGGAGCUCGUGACAGUAGACGAUGAAGCCGGCCCGGUGACCAGCGUCAAAUGGGCACCCGAUGGUCGACACAUCUCUGUCGGGCUAAACAAUUCGGAUAUCCAGCUCUGGGAUUCGACAUCUAACCGAUUGUUGAGAACAUUGAGAGGCGGCCACCAAUCUCGAGUCGGAGCUUUGGAUUGGAACAACCACAUCUUGACCACCGGAGGAAUGGAUGGCCGGAUCGUAAACAACGAUGUGCGAGUUCGAUCGCAUAUAGUCGAAACCUACAGCGGCCACCACCAAGAAGUUUGCGGACUGAAAUGGUCGGCUUCCGGCCAGCAGUUAGCCAGUGGUGGCAACGACAAUCUCCUUCACAUUUGGGACCGAUCGAUGGCUUCUGCCAACGCUCCAACCCAAUGGCUCCACCGGCUCGAGGAGCACACCGCUGCGGUCAAAGCCCUCGCGUGGUGUCCGUUCCAGGCGAAUCUCCUCGCUUCAGGUGGAGGUGGCGGCGACAAGUGUAUAAAGUUCUGGAACACACACACCGGCUCGUGUUUGAACUCCGUGGACACGGGUUCGCAAGUUUGUGCACUUUUAUGGAACAAGAACGAACGCGAACUGCUGAGCUCACACGGGUUCACACAGAACCAAUUGACUCUAUGGAAGUACCCGUCGAUGGUUAAGAUGGCUGAACUGACGGGUCAUACAUCGAGGGUUCUGUUCAUGGCUCAGAGCCCUGAUGGGUGCACGGUUGCAUCUGCGGCUGGCGACGAGACAUUGCGGUUUUGGAACGUUUUCGGGAGCCCCGACGUGGCUGCAAAGGCGGCACCGAAAGCCGCACCGGAACCGUUCGCUCAUUUGAACCGUAUUCGUUGA